AAGGCGCGCUGCUAUUGGCCGCGCUAUUAAUAGCGCUCGGGAAAACCCAGGCGGGCGAGGCACUUUGAUAUUGCGACGCCGUUUUAGCCCGGUUACCCUCAUCUCUCUCUUUUUUAAUAUACCAUUGUUACCACCUUCGUUACCUUCGUUACGACUCGUCGGUUAACUUCCCGUCGGCUUCCUCGUCGCUCCAUCGGAGGCACAGGGCGAGCGUCCAGGCGAAGUGUUGGCGAUGCGCCCGGGCGAUGUUCGCGGCCGCCGCUGUCGCCAUCGUCGUUGAGGCCCCGGGCUCGGCUUGGAGUCGGCGGUAAAGGCGAGAAGGCGACACAGUGUGUGUGUGGUGGGGGUGGCAGAAGGACCGAGGGGGGCCACGGGAUAAGGUGGAGAGGAGGACAAGGAGAGGCGUCGAGCAGGAGUGUCCAGACAAGAUGAGUGUCUCUCGUGGAGAUGUCCAGGGCCAGGACUCGAAGGCGGCCCCGGCCCCGGCGGCGGACGAGGCGUGCGACUCUGGCAUCGGCUCCUUGUGCGAGGCGGACGUGGAGAGCAUCAGGGCCGGCGUGUCGCGCCUCGGCGUCGACGGCACGCCGGCUUGCGCUCAGCUGGGCACCCGGCACGACGACUGCCGCCGUGGCAAAGAAACGGGCCCCCAGCCUGGCACGUACCCGGGCUCUUACCUCGCCGCCGGCGUGGACUCUUGUGGCGGUACAUUCUCGAGCACGGACUCGGCCGUCGGUUCCAUGUGCGAAGCAGACCUGCAGACGGAGCUGAGGAGGAGGGCAGCUGUCUCCGGCAGAGACGUGGAUCCGCGCGAGGCGGAGAGACUCGCCGACGCCAGCACGGACUUUGAGUCGAAGCCAGGGGUCUGCGGCUUCGGCUGCUCCGCACAAUUGAACGACCGCUGGGCAGCUGUCAUUGCCGCGGAAGCGGACGAGGAUGGAGACACGUUUUUGCAUCAAGCUAUAAUCCACGGAGCGCCGGAUAUCGCACUGCACGUACUCUACAAGGACGUGAACAGAUGUCUCAUCGAUCAGCAAAACUAUUUGAUGCAGACACCACUGCACCUGGCUGUAGUAACAGACGAGUGGCGAUUGGCACGGUCGCUGGUGCUUGCUGGAGCCAACAUGUGUCUUCAGGACCUGCGUGGAAACACCCCACUGCACUUGGCUUGUGCACAGCAGAGCCUCGAAGCCGUUUGGGCACUGACUGAUCAACUCUCUCCCGAUGAGAUACCCAUCAAUACAUCAAGUCCUAUAAUUGUCCCAUCAGGCAUGGAGAUACUGAACUACAAAGGCUCCACAUGCUUACAUGUGGCAGUGCUGAACUCCAAUGUAAAAUUAGUGGAUUACCUCGUCAGAAAAGGAGCUAACAUUGAAGCAAAGGAUCCCAAGAGUGGCCGGACACCACUGCAUAUGGCCGUGGAACAGGGUGACGGCGUGAUGGUGGCACGUCUUGUCGAGCUCGGAGCUCAGGUCAAUGCCAUCAUGUACAACGGAUGCACUCCCCUGCACCAGGCUGUUGGGAGGAGGUUGGUCGAUUUGGCAAAAUUGCUAAUGCGUCUGGGAGCAGACGCCACCCUACCCAACCUGGAGUACGAUUCGCCACUCGACCUCGCCGAUGAUCAUGGGGUGCGUAAUGCGCUUUAUCAACAAGUAUUUGGGUCGCAAGUUGUGGAAUUAUGCAAACUAUACUACAGUAGGAAAUAAUGAGUCAUGGGAAGUUUCGGUAAAUAUCUUGUAAAUGGUUGUAAAUGUCGCGAACGCCUGUGUAUUUUCUAAAAUGACUAGUUAAUUUACAUUUAAACCUGUUUUAACCAAGUAUAAAUAUUAAUAUGAUUGGGGGAAGUGGUUGUCCAGUGGUUUGCGCACAGUACCAUAAAUUCUGCUGCCCAAGUUCACUUCCUGGCCACAGAUAACAUUGGUGAUGUAAUCUGCGUCAGUCGUUGGGGUGAUUUUUACCCCGAUUUUUGCCAUUCUAAUGUGUAUAGGUGAACAUGACACGGCAGUCAUGGGGUAACGAUAUUCAAGUACAUGCUUAACAUGUAAUUAGGUACAGUUUAUUUUAUGUACAUUGUUUAUAAGUUCAGGUUAAUACAGUGAUAUUUAAAGCGAUGUGUUCACUAUGUAAAUAUUUACAUAAACAAAUUGUAACUUUUCUAGUCUUUAAAAUGCAUGUUAUAAAUCUCUUUGCAGAUGUCCCUGUUUGCUUAUGAUGACUUCACAAUUGAAGGCCACCUGGUGAAGAACACUUUUUAAUUAAUUAAUCGUGUUUUGUUACUUAUAUCCCCAACCUCUGAAGUACAACAUCACAUAUCUAAACUCGUUGGGGAUGGAGGUAUAGGCGGAUAUGUAAAAAUGUUGGAUAUGUGAAUGACAGUUACACCAUGCACAAAUCGGUCGCUGGACAAAUACAUGGCAAAAUGGUUUAAACUGGGAUAUAUGAUUUUCUGUCCUUUACAAGUAAGUGCAUGUUUGUGAGAUGAGGAAUAUUGUAUAUUGCUACAUGAAAAAGUUAAAUUUGUGAACAUCUGUAGAAAAUGCCGUUGCACCAUGCACAAAUAUUUCACUGGGUGGGGCAGUUGAUUGGUCCGGGCAGAUGUGAUGGUUGGAUAUUUACACGUUGUCAUGUACAGUACUGUUUAAUUUUGCAGGAUUUUCAAGAGAUCAACAAAUUCACCCUAAAACUCAGUUCAUUUUUUACUGGAGCAUGCAUGUUAAUAGCUCGCUCUAGGUCCAGUACUUUGCACAAAUGCACACUUGUCAGUUUAAAACGUAUGAGUGAAUAUAACUUUAUCUAAGGCUGAUUUUGCCAUUUAAAUCAUUAAUGCAUGUUUAAUGGUCGUUUAGAUACUUAUUUGUUUAGAAAAUAUAGGUUAGAAGUAAUACUAUAAUUUGGUUAUGUUUAAACUAGAUCUCAUGCAUUGAAAAUAUCGCAAUUUGGGAUGUAUUGCAUUACACAAUACUUUGUUUUUAUAUGUACAGAUUUACAUUGCUAUGAUUCCCACCGCAUGCUUCAAUGAAAUUGGUAUUAUUACAAGUACGUAGCAUACCUCUAUUCUGUACAGGUAAAUAUAGGUGAUUCAUUAAACAUAGUACAUUGUUGUAUUUAUGACUAUUCCAAUUUUAGUACACAAACGUUACAUUUACUUAUUGACCAUUUUUCACAAACAAUUGGAUCAGCAUUUUUUCGAAGGUAAUGGAAAAUGAAUGCUCUAUACCUUUUGUGUAAUUUUUUUAAGCUUACAUUUUGCAGUGUUUCGCUUGUCCGUAUAGACAACGAAUUAGGUGUUUAUUCAGUAGUUUAUUUUUCUCCAUUCAUUUUAGCAUGUUUUAAAUGUAAUAGAGUACAAUGUACAUAUGUGAGUUGAACUUCUUUCGCACUAUACAUAGCUAACCGUAUUAAUCGGAGGUGCGGGGGAAGGACGACAAACUAAACACAACGCAAUUCUAAAGAAAUUAGUUUUCAAUGUAGAUUUAAAAGUGGCUUCCUAAUAUCGGAAGGAAGAGCAAUCCAGACGGCUGCAGAAGCGCCUCUGAAAGCGCGAUGAAGUGGCCCGUCUGUUCGAUGGACAGCCAAGAGGGUGCGAUGGUUUAUGCUCCCUUGACAGUGGAUAUGAGAGUUUACUUGACCAUACACGAAGUGGAGAGUUUGCUUAUCCAGGCGUAGAUCAACAAAAGGGCUGUACGUGUGCAAUAGCAUGGCUCACAAUACCAAACUGUUAAUAAACAUUCUUUUGAAA